GCCUGGGCGAGGCACUUCUAAUCCGCCUCUGGGUGGAGAGCAUCGCGACCUCGGGCAGCGCAAAAAGACCUGCGAGCUGACCAUGCGGCCGGACCAAAUUCGGGCACAGCUGAGCGCGGUGGCCUGUGGGCUCCUGCUUCUCUUUGGUGUUCAGGGUCAGGACGCUGCCAGCCCGAUCCGAACCACGCACACGGGGCAGGUGCAGGGGAGCCUCACCCACGUGAAGGGCACUGACGUGGAGGUCCACACUUUCCUGGGAAUUCCCUUUGCCAAGCCACCUGUAGGGCCGCUGCGGUUUGCACCUCCUGAACCCCCUGAGUCUUGGAGUGGCGUGAGAGAUGGGACCUCCCACCCGGCCAUGUGUCCUCAGGAUCUCACUGCAAUGAAUGAAGAGGUUCUGACCAUGUUCAACGUGACCAUGCCUUCCAUCCCCAUGUCCGAGGACUGUCUGUACCUCAGCAUCUACACACCUGCCCAUAGCCAUGAGGGCUCUAACCUGCCUGUGAUGGUAUGGAUCCAUGGUGGUGCGUUUGUCAUGGGCAUGGCUUCCAUGUAUGAUGGUUCCAUGCUGGCAGCCUUGGAGGACGUGGUGGUGGUCACUAUCCAGUACCGCCUGGGUGUCCUGGGCUUCUUCAGCACUGGAGACAAGCACGCAACUGGCAACUGGGGCUUCCUGGAUCAGGUAGCUGCUCUACACUGGGUCAAGCAAAAUAUCGUCCACUUUGGAGGCAACCCAGACCAUGUCACCAUUUUUGGCGAGUCUGCAGGUGGCAUAAGUGUGUCCUUGCAUGUUAUGUCCCCCAUGUCCCAAGGACUCUUCCAUAGUGCCAUCAUGGAGAGUGGUGUGGCCCUGAUGCCUGGUCUCAUGGCUAGCUCGUCUGAUAAAGUCUCCAUGAUGGUGGCCAACCUGUCUGCCUGUGACCAGGUUGAUUCAGAGGCCCUGGUGGGCUGCCUGCGGGGCAAGAGUGAAGAGGAGAUUCUGGCUAUUAGCAAGGCCUUCAAGUUCAUCCCUGGCGUGGUAGAUGGGUCCUUCUUGCCCAAGCAUCCUGAGGAGCUGCUGGCCUCAGCUGACUUCCAGCCUGUCCCCAGCAUCAUCGGGGUCAACAAUGAUGAAUAUGGCUGGCUCAUCCCCAAGGCCUUCGGCACCUAUCAGCCCUGGAAGGAAACAAACAGAGAGGCCUGGCAAGAAACUCUGCAGAAAACAUCCCAAGUGUUGAUGUUGCCUCCUGAGAUUGGUGACCUGUUGUUGGAGGAGUACAUGGGAGACAGUGGGGAUGCCCAGACCCUCCAAGCCCAGUACCAGGAGAUGAUGGCAGACUCCAUGUUCGUGAUCCCUGCACUCCGAGUAGCAUAUUCUCAGCGUUCCCACGCCCCUGUCUACUUCUAUGAGUUCCAGCAUGAGUCCAGCUUCUUCAAGGACAUCAAGCCACCUCAUGUGAAGGCAGACCAUGGGGAUGAGAUUUUCUAUAUUUUCAGACCCAUUAUGGGGGGCAACUACAUUGAAAUCACUGAGGAGGAAGAGCUGCUCAGCAGGAAGAUGAUGAAGUACUGGGCCAACUUUGCUCGAAAUGGGAACCCCAAUGGCGAUGGUCUGCCCCACUGGCCCGUGUUCGACCAGGAGGAGCAAUACCUGCAGCUGGACAUACAGCCCACAGUGGGCCGGGCCCUGAAGGCCCACAGGCUGCAGUUCUGGACGAAGACCCUGCCCCAGAAGAUGCAGGAGCUAAUGGAGGCUAAGGAGGAGCACACAGAGCUGUAGCUGCCCGUGUCAGGGCACGAGUGCCAUGGGGGUCUGACUGAUGUGCCCACACACAGCCUCCAAGGAGCUGCACUUCAUUCCUUCACUCACAUGGCCAUUCAUUCAUUCUUCCAUCCAUCCACUCAGGAAACAUUUAUUAAGAACCUGCUGUGUGUGGGCGGCGCCUGUGGCUCAGUGGGCAGGCGCCGGCCCCAUACACCAAGGGUGGCAGGUUCAAAGCUGAUGCCAGCCAAACUACAACAAAAAAAUAGCCUACAGGCGUUGUGGGUGCCUGUAGUCCCAGCUACUCGGGAGGCUGAGGCAAGGGAAUCGCCUAAGCCCAGGAAUUGGAGGUUGCUGUGAGCAGUGUGACGCCACAGCACUCUACCGUGGGCAAUAAAGUGAGACUCUGUUUCUACAGUAAAAAAAAAAAAAAAAGAACUUGCUGUGUGAUCUAGCUGUCAAGCCACCCAGGCAUCCUCUCUGUACACCUACUCAAUAAAUCUUCCCACGAAGCUGGGGAUGGACAAACCUCCUGGAAACCCACCUUCCCCCAUGCUCCACUGGGCUCUAGGCCCAUCCUCCCUUCCUUUCUUCCACUUUCUCCCCACCCACUGGCUCCUCUCCUCUGAGCUCUCAGGCCUGCCCCACUCUGAGGGAGGUGCUUGAGAAAUAUUGCCCACACCAGGGUGUCAAAAGCCUAUGUCCCCCUCUCCACUGCCCCACGUGCUCUCCUGUCUGUAGGUGGCCAAUAGAAAAGCCGGUCACCAGAAGCCCUAAUGCCUUGGUUCAUUCAAGCUGCUAUAACAAAAAUACCAUAUCUG